AUGCGCAACGUGCACGACAGCAAACGGCGUUCGCGCGAGUCGAGCGAAGCUCCGGCGUCUCCUGAUGCGGGCAUUGCCCCGACUCCGCCUGACGUGCCUUUCAAGGGCAGAAACCGCCAGCGGAUUCUGCGCGGCAUACAGCGCAUCUCCUCAUCACCGUCCCUUCCUGGCCUUGGACGGCCCAGAGCUAUCAGCAACCCCUAUAGUAUCCGUCGUGGCUCUAUAUCCUGCGUCAGUCUGUCCACCGCUGGACCAUCACAGACCUCGUCCAGCGCCAGAUCUGCCACGCCGCAGCUAUCACAUCUGAAUUUGAAGGGUGUCGCAGGCCCAGAUUCUCCAACUGGCAAAAGAGAGGCGACGCUUGAAGUAACGGAACUCGAUGACACCGAGGAGUGUUUGGCCAUCCGAAAAAUCCAGCAUGGCUCUCCCAACACCUCGUCUGCUACAUCAUCCUUGCCGUCUGAACUCAAGGGGCGGACUAAACCCGUAGAAAAGAAGGAUUUCUACUUUUGGGAUAACAUGCCUCAUGAAGUCCGAAUCCACAUCUUUUCCUUUUUCCGGCCCAAGGAGCUGGUUCGAUUAUCAAGAGUAAGCAAAUCGUUCUACGGCUUCUGCUUUGACGGCCAACUAUGGACGUCAAUCGACGCAUCCGAGUUUUAUCAAGAUAUUCCCGCUGCGUCCUUGGCGCGUAUCAUCGCUGCUGCUGGUCCUUUUAUCAAGGACUUGAACCUAAGAGGAUGCGUUCAGGUUGAGCAUUACAAACGGACUGAAAUCAUAGUCAAGUCCUGCAAGAAUCUCAUGAACGCGACACUCGAAGGCUGCCGGAACUUUCAGAAGAAUACGCUGCAUAGUCUCCUACGGAGCAACGAGAAGCUAGUCAAUCUGAAUUUGACGGGCCUUUCAGCAGUGACAAACACAUCAUGCAGCAUCAUUGCCGAGUCAUGUCCUCAGUUAGAGAGCUUCAAUGUCUCUUGGUGUCAAAAAGUCGACGCUCGCGGGAUCAAAACGAUCAUCGAUGCGUGCGCAAGGCUGAAAGAUGUCCGCGCCGGCGAAGUCAGGGGAUUUGACAAUGUUGCAACGGCCGAGUCUAUUUUCCACACCAAUAAUCUGGAGAGGCUGGUUCUCAGCGGAUGCUCCGAGCUGAAUGAUGAAGCGUUGAAGAUUAUGAUGCACGGGGUAGAUCCCGAAAUCGACAUUCUGACGGGCAUCCCUGAAGUUCCACCCCGUCGGCUUCGCCAUCUUGACCUGAGCCGCUGUAUCAGACUUACCAGCACAGGCGUGAAGGCGAUUGGCCAUUUAGUCCCGGAACUGGAAGGAUUGCAACUAUCAGGGUGCAAAUCUUUGACCGACGCGGCACUCGAGCCUAUCCUGGCAUCAACACCGAGGCUCACACAUCUCGAGUUGGAAGAUCUCGAGGAGAUUACCAACACUCUUCUCUCUGAGCAUCUUGCCAAGGCGCCGUGCAUCAGCAUCCUGGAACACCUGGCUCUGAGCUACUGUGAAAACGUUGGAGAUCUCGGGAUGCUUCCCGUUAUGCAAAAGUGUGUGCGGCUGAAGAGUGCUGAGCUUGAUAAUACGAGAAUCAGCGACUUGGUGCUUGCAGAAGCCGCUUCGAUGGUCGUCAAGCGCUCCAAGCCAUCCCCCGGAGCCAACACUCGGCCCAAGGUAACGCUGCGGCUGGCAGUAUACGACUGCCAAAAUGUAACUUGGACGGGUAUUCGAGAAGUCUUGUUCAGAAACGCUCAAAUCAGGCACGUGGUAGGGCAGCCGAUGGGGAUCACGUAUCCAACUGAGAGCAUCGGCUUGAAAUGCUUCUACGGCUUUCAGAUGACCGUUGACGAGCACCAGAAGAGAGUCCUUCGGGGCGAUCUCGUGUCUGCCGGGCGGCUGGAAAGAAAGUGGGCAGACUACAUGCAGGCGAAUGAAGAGGCCGGCGCAGGGGGGGCGGGAUAUCGAAGGCGCCGACGUCGGGCGAGACAUGCGCAAGCCCUCCACGCGGAUGAAGAGGACGGCGGCGUGGUCGGUCGGCGCAGAGCAAGGACAUUGGGUUCCUGCUCUGUAAUGUGAGCGGUGUAGGCCACCAAAGGGGGACAUGUUUGGAUUCCUGUUUUUUUCCCCCAUGACACGAAUUUACAUCGUCACCACCACAUUCAGCUCAUUUACACAAGGCAAGAGAAAGAAAAAGGUGGAUUUUGGGCUCUCAUUUUCUAUUUUGCUUUUACUAUGAUCUUGGUACACAAUUCUUGUUGAUUGCAUAUGGCAAAGGCGUUUUUCUGGAAAGCCAUAUGGUAUGGUAGUAGAACAGGGAGGGAGUUGAUCUGGCCUUUUUUUUUUUUAUCCUUUCUUUUUUUUUUUUUCUUCUUAACGCCUCACUUAACUGCCGGCAAAGAUCAGGCGCCUGUGAAAGCAAGAUGCUGGGCAUUUUGGGCUGGCCUAACCUAGGGACGCAGCAAUGCUUUGCUCCGGGUGUGGUUAUUUUUGUCUCAAAGACGGUUGAAAUCGGGAACUGCUUAGCGCCCAGUCUGUGACUGUCCUGGCUGCAAGCUUACUCUCUAGUUUGAUGCAAAUAGAAUGAUUUCCUCUCAUGCAUGCCUACUUGUCCUCUUGAUAUCUUGCCAUGUGUCACUUCGCCUCUGGACGUCUAUGCAGGCCCUCCUGGUGGGCAGCUGCCCGUAUUCACAGGAUAAGGAGAUGCAGGGAGAGAGAGAGAGAUGAAAAAAGGAAGAGGGGGUAUGGGGAGAAGGGGGCUUUCGUCUAGAGAAGCAUGAAAGCGAAAGCCUGGAUUAUGCAGGCCCGGCAGAUGAAAACUCGGUGUGGCCUGCUUCUCUCAGCAAGCGAUGGGCGUUUGUUUUUGGCGUACUUGGAUGUCUCGAGGAGGAGAAGGGGGACACAUACAUGCCGGUGUCGUAUCUUGGGUGUCUACCUACGCAGCUUGACCGCAACUCUUCUGCUCGUGUACUACCAUGUGUCAAUGGUACGAGGCGAGUCCUUUUGGAUACAUGUGCUUGAUUCAACAAGACUUGAUUCCCUUUGCGUAAAAGGUACUAGUUUGGUGUAGGUGGUGUCGUGGUACUUUCUCCAUCCCUGC